AUGGCUGCAAAGUUAGUCUGCACUUUCUCUCUGCUUGUCGUCGCGCUCCUGAGCCCGUCGUUGGCAGUUGACGCUGCUCGCCCGUACUGCCGUUUCGAUGGGAAGCUGGUGGUGAGCAACCUGAUGAGGGAAUUGAAGGCGGCCAAAAACUACACCACCUUUCUCGACGGACUGAAAACAGCAGACCCGCGCAUGUCGCGCGUGGCGAACGUGUCAUCUGUCACUCAAACACGUGUACCUAUAUUUAUUCAAAUUACCCCCACCAUCCCUUGUCCCUCCCAACAGUUCCUGUCUGCGGCUGAUUCGUGCAAGGCGUAUCUGGUGAAGGUCUCAGCUGCUGGGGUCAAGCCAGUUGAGCUCAAGGCUGCGGACGGUGCGGACGAAGCUUCCGUGGUGGCUCCCGACGUCAUCUCGCUGCGAGUGGUGCAGGUGCAUGGCGUGGAUGACGUCAUCCUGCCCAAGACUCUGAGCAAGGGCGACGAUGACAGCCUCAAGCCCCGCAAGUGCACCGCCUGGGCCGCUUAG